GUGACAGAUGACGUGGUGCCUCAUUCAUGGAAGUCCUUUGGUCUUAAUGGAAAAUGCUCUUUUACAACCAGUGCUCUAUUGUCAUCCCUUUUGGUGGUGCUGGGAUGUUACCAGUUCAUCCCAGCUUGACGCAUUGUGAAGCAAUCAGACAUCAAAGAUUGCGACGGCCGAAUCGCAGAACUCGAGGCUUCAAGACGACAAACCGAUGGAGGACCUCACGACGUCCACUUCAUAAGCACAGAUCUGCAGGCUCCAACAAACCCCACAAAGACCUGGUUGACAGCUGUGGACGUCUUCCAACUCUAAAAAUGAAAAUCCAAAAGUGGAUCCUGGUGACCCUGGUGUUUUGUCAAAAAAUGCCUUCAGGAGCCGGUGAAGAGAAGACGGUGAAGGAUGGAGACUGGGUCGACUUGGCCUGCGCGCCCAACACGGGGGCCACCUUGGUCAUCUGGUUACGAGUCCUUGGCACCGGCAUGGAAUUCAUUGCGUCUUUCACCAAAGAUGGCUACCUGAAGUCAUCCACUCCUUCCUCCGAGUCCACUUUCAGUGACUCGAUGAGAGGUGGCAUCUUGAGGCUGAAGUCGUUCGACAGGACUCGGGACAGCGGCGCCUACAGCUGCGCGUCUCUCGUGAGUAACAAGUUGGAAUUCGGCCAAGUGACCCGACUGGUCGGAGUUGAAGUCGCAGUCGAAGCGCCGCAGCCCACUGCGCCAAACCAGUGCCCGACUGCUGCGCCGUGCGCCUGCAACAACAAGGAGAAGAUGGAGCCAGGGGAAACCCGACCUCGGGGGCUUUGCUCUCUGGGCAUACUGGGAGCACUGGCCGGCGGCUGUGGCCUUCUUCUUCUCCUCCUCAUCGUCAGCACCGUGUACUGCAACCACUUAAGAACCCGGAGAUGCCCACACCAUUACAAAAGAAAACCGCGGCUGACGGCGCCUGGAAAACACGCUAACAUUUAGAUUAAACUCUUUUUAUGAAAUCACAUGAAAUGUCUAUUUAUCUAAUUACAAUACAUGUGGAUUGUAAAAGAAAGCACUGAAGUCCUGAUAAUAUUCUUUAUGAUUAACAUUUAUUUAAAAAUCGAUCGAUCGUACAAAUUGUGCAUGAUUAAUUGUAUUAAUUAAUUGAGCUGUUGUAUUAAGCUAAAGCUAAUUCAGUUUUUCCCCCUAAUUAUUGUCUUGAAAUUUCCGUUUGCAUAUGAAAAAUAAAAUAAAUACAAGUUUAAAAAAGAAGAAGAAAUUGCUCUGAUAAUAUGCAGUAUAACUUGAGAUGUUUUUGAAAUUAUUUUUUUUAAUUGCUCCAAAGUUAAUUUUUCUACAGUUUCGAAAUAUCGAGGAACAAAUAUGAAAGAUAACGUUCCUAAUUAAUAUGGGAUGUACCAUAUUUUAGAAUUGUCUCACUAGGAGGGUUUUAGAACUUCAAAUAAAUAUAUUUUUUUCA